AGAAAGCCAUUAUUCGCAGAAUCUCAGCGAAACUACACGAGGUUUUUAGGGUUUUGAGAUCUAAAAGCAUUUACCUCUUCCUAGGGUUUUAGAAAGAAUACUCUCUGUGCGUGUGUGUUGGUGAGAAUGAGGCCGCUAAAGUUUCAUGAGAAGAAGCUGCUGAAGAAGGUUAAUUUUUUGGAGUGGAAGAAAGAAGAUGGUCACAGAGAGGCCUCUGUUAUUCAACGCUACCUUCUCACUCACCGUGACGAUUACAAGAAGUAUUCGGGUUUGUGCCGGAUGGUGCAGAAGCUAGUGAAUGCUUUGAUGAAGAUGGACUCGAAAGACCCCUUUCGGAUUGAAAUGACUGAUAUGCUGCUCGAAAAGCUGUACGACAUGGGUGUAAUACCAUCCAAGCAAAAUAUCGAUGCUCUGAAAGUGUGUGAACGCAUAACAGUGUCAUCCUUCUGUAGACGUAGGCUCGCCACUGUUUUGGUGCGGUUGAAGUUUUGUGAACACUUGAAAGAAGCUGUCACAUACAUUGAGCAGGGACAUAUACGAGUGGGUCCUGAGACUGUAACUGACCCAGCAUUCCUUGUAACGAGGAAUAUGGAAGACUUCGUUACGUGGGUAGAUUCAUCCAAGAUCAAGAGAAAGGUGCUGCAGUACAAUGAUCAGUUGGACGACUAUGAUGCGAUGGCCUGAGAGUAGCACAAGAUUUUAUUUUUUUUUUCUCCUUUGGGCUGGAUGAAGUAAAUUGUUUAGUAUUGAUUCAUAUAUAAUGUAGCAAAGAUGAGGCUAUAACUUCUCUCGGUCUCAGAAGUCUUCCAGAGAAUGGUUUGUUAUCACAUGUGGCUAUUGAGGAAAUUGGUGGAUACUUUUCUAUCACAUGUUGCUAUUGAGGCAAUUGGUGGAUA